UUACAUGACGACGACGGCGUUGAUACAAAAAGAGAGAAGGAAAACAGGAAAAUACCUUUCUUGGCGAGAACAGUGGAAACUUAAUACAAAUAGACAGAUAUAUGUUAACGGGUUGCUUAUUCCGCGACUUUAGCAACGACUCGUCUGAAGUUAGUCGGGUUGGAUAACGUGAUAAAGAUAACAAAUAUUUGGAUUUUAUUGUUCUUCGCCUGCUCCCUCCAGCUAAGCUAUUUCUGUGUUGCCCAGCGCUACUUAGCCGAGCUAGCUAACGUUAGCUAACAGUGGAUGCCAGCGCUGUUUGAGUGUUCUCAGUCCUGAAUUAGCGAAAGGGCUAGAAAGGAAAUAGCGUCGGUAAUCCGGUCAAUUUGCAGCUGGACUCUGCUAACCUAAUCUAGCUCGGUGACAUCAGUUCAGCGAGAAUGGCAACGUCGGCUCUGUACGCCUGUACGAAGUGUAACCAGCGGUACCCCUUCGAGGAGCUGUCGCAGGGCCAGCAGCUGUGCAAGGAAUGUCGCAUUGCACAUCCAAUAGUGAAGUGCACAUUCUGCAGAUCUGAGUUUCAACAGGAAAGUAAAACCAAUACAAUCUGCAAGAAGUGUGCUCAGAACGUCAAACAGUUUGGAACACCCAAACCCUGCCAGUACUGUAACAUCAUUGCAGCUUUUAUCGGGACAAAAUGUCAGCGCUGUACUAACUCAGAGAAGAAAUAUGGACCUCCACAGACCUGUGAGCAGUGCAAACAGCAAUGUGCUUUUGACCGCAAGGAGGAAGGCAGGAGAAAGGUGGACGGGAAAUUGCUCUGCUGGCUCUGUACCUUGUCUUACCGCCGUGUCCUGCAGAAGACCAAGGAGCAGAGGAAGGGCUUCGGCUCCUCCAACUCCUCCUCGCUGAAUGAGAAAGACCACCACUCCAGACCUCACCAUCAUCACCACCACCACAGACACAGCAGCUCUCAUCACAAACUAAGUGGGAGCUUAAGUCCAGAGCAGGAGCAGGGGCUGUGGAAUAAGAGCCAUAAAUCUUCUUCAAUCCAGAAGGAGACUCCAAAGAAGAAACCAAAACUGGAGUUAAAGCCAUCCAACGGGGACAGGUAUUGUAGUUCCAUCACCCAGUCAAUGGACUCUGGAGGAACAGAUAACUUCAUUCUCAUCAGCCAGCUGAAAGAGGAAGUGAUGUCACUGAAGAGAGUUCUGCAGCAGAAGGAUCAAACCAUUCUAGAGAAGGACCGAAAGCUCACGGAGCUCAAAGCAGACUUUCAGUACCAGGAAUCCAACAUGAGAGUCAAGAUGAACCAAAUGGAUAAAUCGCACAAAGAGUCUAUGGAGCACCAGCAGGGCAAGAACAGGGAAUUGCUGAAACAAGUCGCCUCCCUCUCUAAAGGAAAAAAGUUUGACCGAACAGGAAGUUCACUGCUGCCCUAACAAUGGGUUGGCCAACGGGUAACAACACAGAGCGGCUUCAUUGUUGUGACACUGUGAAAGUCUCCCUCUUGUGUAAUCUCAUUGCCAUCAACAUUGAUUACUCCUGAAAUGGUAACGACAGAGACCAUGUUGUACAUGGAACUAAACUGUUGAAUCAAAGAACCCUUUCUCUAAUAUCAGCAUAUUUUAGAUAUUUUAUGGCAACUUUUCCACUGGCUCAUGGGAUGUGUGAUUGAGUGGAGGAUGGAGCCCUCGUUUUAACACUGCCGGGCCAAAACAGAACGCAUGGUGUGCAUACGUGGACAGCAUUCUGUCAACUCGAUGUAUCCACUUGAUUUUUAUGGAUCUCAUGCAAUUUAUUUAUUCAACUGUAUUUCUUAGCUUUUUUAUUUCCUCACAACAUACUAAGAGAAUAUCCAUAUUUUGGGGUUUUCUUCAAUAGCAAUUAGUUAUAUUUUUCUAAAUGUAUGUGAAUGCAAAAGACAAGUUCUCUUCAACAGAGAUACGGCGCAACUUUACAAUGUAUGCAAACGUGGGAAGGGUGACCACAGAGCUGCCUCUCAACAGUUGAGAACCCUCUCAGUAACAAUUCACAAAACUAACAAUGAACACUUUAAAAGGCUGUCUGACAGAGAGACACUUCUUGGCUGCCCUCUUUCUCACUGUGUGACAGCCGUUGUGCUUUGCUGUUUCUCUUUAGUGGAAAAAUUGUAAUACUGCAUGAUUUUACUGCCAGACACCGGUUGGCAUUGUGGUCAGACUUCUUUUCUCCCUCUCCCUUUUUAAUUAGUUUUUUAAGAAUCACUUGUAAAUGUAUUACUGGGGUCAGCCAUUGUAUUUAAACUAUUGCUUGUAUCUGUUUUAGUGAGUACAGUAUGUGUACGGUAAGGCCAGUUGAAAUUAACAUGUCUGUAGAAGAUGCUUUUUAAGGAACACAUCUAUUAUAAUGCAUUAUUGGGCUGGUUUCAUACCGUGGCGUCCAGGAUCACUUUUGUACUUUUUUCCAAACCAACUGUUUUAAAACUAUUAAAACUGGCUAAACUGUA